GUGUUCUUCUGAUAAACAUCCAGCUGUCGCGUGCUUGAUGACAGGGAGAGAAACGCAGUCGUGCUGUGCUUCUCGUGAUCAGUGCGGAUUCGUGACUGUCUUUAGCAGGUGAUCAGUGACUCUACACCACAGCACCACAGUCUCUGAGGCAUUGUGGGUAAAAUGUCAGUGGCAUUGCCGGCUGUGCGUGAUGUUACAUGGCUGACGCUGGAGGUGUGUCGGCAGUUUCAGAGAGGCAGCUGCUCACGCAGAGACUCAGAGUGUAAGUUCGCACACCCACCCAAGAGCUGCCAUGUCGACAACGGCCACGUCAUCGCAUGCUUUGACUUUCUCAAGGGUCAGUGUUUGAGAGAAAGCUGUAAAUAUCUUCACCCUCCAUCUCACCUCAAGGCUCAGCUUGAGAUUAAUGGAAGAAAUAAUCUGAUUCAACAAAAAAUGGCUACAAUGUUACAGCAAAUGCAUUUUGUGCUGCCUGGAUCCAGCCUGUCGUCAUUGGCCUCAUUUCCUGUCACUCAGAGUUUGGGGGCGGGGUCUGGGAUCAGCUACACCCCCUAUGUCAUGCCUGUCUCUCAUGGGAUUGGUGUGAUCAACACUGAAAUGCUUCCCAGUAACCAUCAAGUCAUCGUCCCCUCUGCCCCUCGAGUAGUAGUACAGACCUCACACGCCUCUCAUCAGAAAGUGCUGCACUCUGACAAAAUGGAGGUGUAA